GUGUUAUGUCAAGAUGAUGCGUUAGCCGUUUAUAAUAUUAGCUUAUUAUCUUUAUAGUUUAUAGUUCCUUGUUCCUGUUUAGAUUAAGUCGGACAUCGUUCCUAAUUUGUUUUUAAAAUAUGUGAUGAUAGCUGUGAAUGCCACUGAAGACCUUGGAUAACUUGAUAGUUGUUGACUCAAUACUCAAGUCUAGUGGUUGUGUUUAAGUGAAUAGAGCUAAAUCUACAUUAUUUUAUCUGUAAAUGCCUUAUCACUAUUUAUUUAGGAAAUAAACAUAAUCUUUGGAUUAAGUGACAAGUUUAAAUUUGCGAAUUCUUGCAAAGUUAGGCCUUGUUUGAUUGCCAUGUGUCUAGCAACAUUCCUUUACUUUGCAUAUGGAAGUAAUUUAUUAAUGAAAAGAAUUCAUAUCAACAAUCCAUCUGCCGUGAGAAUUGGAGUAGGAAAACUGAAGGAUUACAGGUUGGACUUUAACUACAAGUCUAAACGAUGGAAUGGUGCUGCAGCAACAGUAGUUCCUGAUGCUGGAAGUUAUGUUUGGGGUGCAUUAUGGGAAAUUCACAGUGACCACAUGAAGACCUUAGACCGGCAAGAAGGCGUAUCUGUAGGGGUUUACAAACCAAUCAUUGUACAAGUAGAGAAGCCGAGUGGUGAAGUUGUGCAAUGCAGAACCUAUCAGCUGGUGAACCUUCCUCCUGCACUGAGUCCUGGCGAGUCUAGACCUCUGGAGAGACAACCUUCCAAGAUCUACUUGGACACUAUCAUAGAAGGAGCAGAGGAAAGCAGACUUCCUGAUGACUACUUGAAAGAAUUGCGAAAUAUAAAACACAAUGGAUAUUGUGGACCUGUCUUUCACAACUGUGAUUAACGUGAUAUUUAAUUUAUUUUGUAAUUAGUAGAGAAUAAAUUUUACUACUGUUA